AUGAGGACCCUCAUUGGAGCAGCUCCAAGCUCGACAUCCCUCUCCAUUCUCUCCGACAGAAGAACAGAAACCAGACAACCACUAUUGCCCUCCAUUGCUUUACCAUUCAAACCAACUUUUAUCAAGAUCCAACCACCUAGAAGCUUGCAUGGGGGUCUACUGCUACUGUCAUCAGUUCUCCCUACUGGUUUCGUCGAAGCUUUAUCGUACGAGGAAGCCUUGCAACAGACUACGGGGUCCCCUUCCUCAUUGGAAGUAGAUCCAAGUUGGAUCCUUGAUUCUGUCCUCGAUUUUGCAACUGAGAAUCCCACGGUUGUGGCUGGUGGAGCUAUUGUUUUGGCAGUUCCAUUGAUUUUGUCUCAGCUGUUGAAGAAUCCAAAGCCAUGGGGAAUUGAGCCCGCAAAGAAUGUUGCACAUGCAACAACAGCACAUGCAACAACAACUUUCUCUGCUCACCCCCGUGAUUUCCCACGUCUAGACCCACAUGCAGAGCUCCCACAUGCAACAGUAGUAGCACCUCAGGCAGCAGCACUGUCGCAGCUCGUAAAUGCAGCAGGGGCAGUUUCAGUUUCGCAGCAAAGUUGA